AUCACACCACCUCAUUAAAUAUAAUUAUCCUCCCCCUUCCCACCUCCCUCUUCUCUUCUCUAUCUCUUACCAUCCUUCCCUUCAUAGCCCAUCCAACCCCCAGAACACAGCUCAGAGAGAAGAAAGCGAAAAAAGAAGUAUUCAUUACCUGCAUCAAAUCACAGAAAGAAGGGAGGCCGGGAGGGUGAUUCCAUCAAAUGGCGUCGUCGUCUUCGGUGGUGCAGGUGUCGUCGUCGUCCGGGUCUGCGGAGGAGGCUGCGGCGGCGGCAGUGGCGGCGGCGGCGGCGGCGUCAUCGACGAGUUCGCCGUGCGCGGCGUGCAAGUUUUUGCGGCGGAAGUGCCAGCCGGACUGCGUGUUCGCGCCGUACUUCCCGCCGGACCAGCCUCAGAAGUUCGUGCACGUGCACCGGGUGUUCGGCGCCAGCAACGUCACCAAGCUCCUCAACGAGCUGCACCCGCUGCAGCGGGAGGACGCCGUCAACUCCCUCGCCUACGAGGCCGACAUGCGCCUCUUCGACCCGGUCUACGGCUGCGUCCGCGUCAUCUCCAUCCUCCAGCACCAACUCCACCAGCUCCAGAUCGAUCUCUCCCGCGCUAAGUCUGAGCUCUCCAAGUACCAGUCCGCCGCCGCCGUUGCCCCGCACCCCUCCUUCCUCGACCACCAAGCCGGCCUCCCUUUCGUCGGCGCGCUCACGGGUUUCGAGUUCGGCCGCGACAUCCCACAAAGCGCUGGCCACGGCAUCAGCCGCCGCCAGAUCAUGAUGCCAAGGAACCACCACACCGACGCGGAUCUGCUGUCCGCCAGCCUCAGUGCCACAACUGCUAACGGAGAGUACCACGCGGGCCUCUUGCCGGAUAUGAGCGCUGCCGCGGCAUCGCCAGCCGCCAUCGGGCUGUUCGGCGUGCGCCAGUACUCUAGGCAGAGCGCCGGCGGCGGCGGCGACGAGCAAUCCAGCGUCGGUUCUCUGUAACGAUCCAUCUCCAAAAGGUUAAUUUAAACACUGGAGCAUGGUUUACUGGAGGGAUGGAUCACGUUUAGUCAAACUACAAAGAACUGAAUUCUCCUUUAUAUGUCUGCUACAUGAUUAUCUUAUUUAGAAAUGCUUUGUUCCAUCUCAAGUGAGAUCAUUCUAUAUACCGGACAAUUUGCAUGCUCUUGUUA